UGAUUUCUUAGGUAAGAAGGGAUUUCCGAAGAAGACGAGAUCGAGGAGGGGGUUCAAGCUCUCGGUUCGCUGAGAGAGCUAGGGUUUCUCCUCGCCGAUCGAAGCCCCAUGGCGUUCCAGGGCAAGAAGCUCGUCAAUGACCCUAAUGCGGUGGUGACUGAAUUCAUUGAAGGUCUGGUAGAAACUUUUCCUGGAUUGCAGUACCUUGAUGGAUUCCCGCAGGUUAAGGUGGUCCUGCGGGCUGAUAUUCCUGGGAAUAAGUAUGACAAGGUUGCUGUUAUAUCUGGAGGAGGAAGUGGCCAUGAGCCAGGUCAGGCUGGAUUUGUUGGGGAAGGAAUGCUGACAGCAGCGAUCUGUGGGGAUGUUUUUACCUCUCCUCCUGUUGAUUCUAUUUUAGCUGGCAUACGCGCUGUAACAGGUCCCAAAGGAUGCCUACUAAUUGUUACGAACUAUACUGGAGAUAGACUGAAUUUUGGUCUGGCAGCUGAGGAGGCAAAAUCAGAAGGUUACAAAGUGGAGAUGGUUAUUGUUGGAGAUGAUUGUGCUCUUCCACCCCCUCGAGGUAUUACUGGAAGGCGAGGCUUGGCAGGGACAGUUCUUAUCCACAAGGUUGCUGGUGCUGCUGCAGCUGCUGGCCUUUCCCUUGCUGAGGUUGCUGCAGAAGCACAGCAUGCAUCUGAGCUGGUAGGCACUAUGGGAGUUGCUUUAUCAGUUUGCACACUGCCUGGACAAGUAACAUCUGAUCGAUUAGGUCCAGGGUUAAUGGAGCUUGGUCUCGGAAUUCAUGGGGAGCCUGGUGCUGCUGUUGCUGAACUCCAGCCAGUUGAGGUUGUGGUAUCUCAUGUUCUCAAGCAGAUACUAUCAAUGGAAACACAAUAUGUUCCCAUCAAAAGGGGAAGUAGAGUGGUCCUCAUGAUCAAUGGCUUAGGUGCAACACCAAUCAUGGAGUUGAUGAUUGCAUCAGGAAAGGCGAUCCCACAACUACAGCUGGAACAUGGACUUGCUGUUGACAGAGUUUAUACUGGAUCAUUUAUGACUUCUCUUGAUAUGGCAGGAUUCUCCAUUUCUAUUAUGAAAUCAGAACCAUCCAUUUUAGACCGUUUGGAUGCCCCUACUAAAGCUCCAUAUUGGCCUGUCGGUGUUGAAGGGGAUCGUCCACCUGCUAAGAUCCCUGUUCCUGUGCCGCCAUCUCAUUCUUCACGAAAUGAAGAGGUACAAGAUGAAUUCAAUCAACCUCUAGAGUUGAAUGAACAGGGCCGAAUUCUUGAGUGUGCUAUUCUUGCUGCAGUUAAUGCAAUCAUUGAUGUUAAGGACAAGCUAAAUGAUUGGGAUAGUAAAGUUGGUGAUGGAGAUUGUGGAUCUACUAUGUAUAGAGGUGCGAUGGCGAUUCUUGAUGACAUGAAGAAAUGUUACCCACUCAAUGUUGCUUCAGAAACAGUGAAUGAAAUUGGCACAUCUAUCCGAAGGGUGAUGGGAGGAACAAGUGGCAUCUUAUAUGCCAUCUUCUGCAAGGCUGCUUACACAAGCUUAAAGGAAAGCCCAGAUGUCACACCAGAACAAUGGUCUAGAGCGCUGGAAGCAUCUAUUGCAGCUGUUAGUAAAUAUGGCCGAGCUGAGAGAGGCUAUCGUACAAUGUUGGAUGCCCUUAUUCCUGCAUCAAUAGUACUGAAAGAGAAUUUGGACAAGGGGAAUGAUCCUGUUGCAGCUUUUGUCCUUUCAUCUGAAGCAGCUGUAAACGGGGCCGAAUCAACCAAAGAAAUGCAACCUCAAGCUGGCAGAUCUUCAUACAUAACAGGAGAUGUUCUCUCCACGGUUCCAGAUCCUGGAGCCAUGGCUGCUGCAACAUGGUACAGAGCGGCAGCGCUUGCUGUGGAGCAUAAGUUGAAAAACGCAGAGAACUAACAUCUAGCAGGGUAUCUCACUGCAAGCAACAGUAAUAGUGACAACAAUCGGCCUGGGUCAGACAAUUGGUGUCUUAACAGAGUCAUUCUUUUUCAAUUUUCACCCCCUUUCUCUCAAUUGUUUUUUGUCUUAAGUUUUUUUGAACUCGUUGUUUUCCGCUGUGCUGUGCACAAGCUGAGAAGGCGUGUCUCCCCAAACCUCAUCUCUCUCUCUCUCUCUCUCUCUCUCUCUCUCUCUCUCUCUCUCUCCUCUCUUCCAUGUAAUGCAAUGCAAUGCAUCAGCCUUAAAAUAUAUAAAAAAAAAAGUAACGAUAAAAAAUAAAAAUAUAACUUAAUGUGCGUCAUAUGACA